AUGACGGCGGAGGCCUGUCCGGAGGGGCGCUGCACGUGCGUCCAGUCCGAGUUCCACUGUGCAGACCCCGACUGCACAACCUGCAAGCACCACCCCUGCCCGCCCGGCCAGGGGGCGAAGGCCUACGGGAAUUUCACGUUCGGCUUCAAGUGUGUCGACUGUGCCGCCGGGACCUUCUCCGGGGGCCGCGGGGGCCGCUGCACUCCGUGGGCCGACUGCUCCCAGGCUGGGCUUCGCACCAUGUUCCCUGGAAACAAGACGCACAACGCGGUGUGCGGUCCGGUGCUGCCGCCGCCUGCUGAGCCGCGCUGCCCGGCGGCCGUCCUGGCCGUGGCCGCCUGCGUCCUGGUCCUGGUGGUGGCCCAGCUCGGCCUGCACCUCUGGCAGCUGAGGAGGCAGCGCGUGUGGCCCCCAGAGACCCAGCUGCUCCCGGAGGCACCGCCCCAGCUGCCCGAGGACGCCUGCAGCUGCCAGUUCCCGGAGGAGGAGAGGGGGGAGCCGCUGUGGGAGGACCAGGGUCCCGGCCACCUGCGCUGCGCUUGA